AACCCGCGGCCUCUCCUUCCCCUGCUCGGGUCUCGUCUCCCUCCGCGUCUCGGCGCCCCCUCCCCUCCCCCGCUCCAGCCCUUUGUUUCCCGACGGAGUAUUUCCUGGGUUGCCGCGCGUCUGCGGCCCCGCAUCUCUCCUCGCCCCGCCUCCUCCAAGCCUGGAUCCGCCCCGCCCGCAGUCUCUCCUCCCUUUCCUCCCCGCCGCCCCGCUGCCCCAUAGGUGCUAGGGGACCCGCCUUCUACCUAGCUCGGGUCUACCACCCCCUCCCGGCCCAGGCGCGGGCUCCCCCAGUGGCCGGCCCCCCACCGCCACCCCCGCCUUCUCCCGGGGAGGGGGCAGGUGGGCGGGCACCAUUGUUGUAGGAGCCGGCGCCAGAUUCCUCAGCCGCUGCUGGGGUGGGACCAGCAGGGUUUGGAGGGGGUGGAGUGGGGGGAGCGGUGAUUUGAGCUGGGAGCAGCUGGGCUUCGCGGCUCGCUCCCUCCUUCGUGCUCUCUCGCUCGCCGCCGCCGCCGCCCGCCGGGCUGCGGGGCUCGGUGGCAUCUCUCGGGCGCGGCCGCUGCCUUCGCCCCUGCCUCCGGGCCGCUCCCGCCCCCGGCGCCGCUCGCUCCCCCCCACCCGGACUCCCCCAUGUAUGACGACUCCUACGUGCCCGGGUUUGAGGACUCGGAGGCGUGCCCUGCACACUGGAGCCCAGGGGUCACAGCCUCUCUCCGCUCUCAGGGUUCAGCCGACUCCUAUACCAGCCGCCCAUCUCUGGACUCAGACGUCUCGCUGGAGGAGGACCGGGAGAGUGCCCGGCGCGAAGUGGAGAGCCAGGCUCAGCAGCAGCUUGAAAGGGCCAAGCACAAGCCCGUGGCAUUUGCUGUGAGGACCAAUGUCAGCUACUGUGGUGUACUGGAUGAGGAGUGCCCAGUCCAGGGCUCUGGAGUCAACUUUGAGGCCAAAGAUUUUCUGCACAUUAAAGAGAAGUACAGCAAUGAUUGGUGGAUCGGGAGGCUAGUGAAAGAAGGCGGGGACAUCGCCUUCAUCCCCAGCCCCCAGCGCCUGGAGAGCAUCCGGCUCAAACAGGAGCAGAAGGCCAGGAGAUCCGGGAACCCCUCCAGCCUGAGUGACAUUGGCAACCGACGCUCCCCUCCUCCAUCUUUAGCCAAGCAGAAGCAAAAGCAGGCAGAACAUGUUCCCCCAUAUGAUGUGGUACCCUCCAUGCGGCCAGUGGUGCUGGUGGGCCCCUCUCUCAAAGGUUAUGAGGUCACAGACAUGAUGCAGAAGGCUCUCUUCGACUUCCUCAAACAUAGGUUUGAUGGCAGAAUCUCCAUCACCCGCGUCACAGCUGACCUCUCGCUGGCAAAGCGAUCUGUGCUCAACAAUCCUGGCAAGAGGACCAUCAUUGAACGUUCCUCUGCCCGCUCCAGCAUUGCUGAAGUACAGAGUGAGAUUGAGCGCAUAUUCGAGCUGGCCAAAUCCCUGCAGCUGGUAGUGUUGGAUGCUGACACCAUCAACCACCCAGCACAGCUGGCCAAGACAUCACUGGCCCCCAUCAUCGUCUUUGUCAAAGUCUCUUCACCGAAAGUUCUCCAGCGCCUCAUCCGCUCCCGAGGGAAGUCACAAAUGAAGCACCUGACUGUACAGAUGAUGGCAUAUGAUAAGCUGGUUCAGUGUCCCCUGGAAUCAUUUGAUGUGAUUCUGGAUGAGAACCAGCUGGAGGAUGCCUGUGAGCACCUGGCUGAGUACCUGGAGGUUUACUGGCGGGCCACCCACCACCCAGCCCCUGGCCCUGGCCUUCUGGGCCCUCCCAGUGCCAUCCCUGGACUUCAGAACCAGCAGCUGCUGGGGGAGCGUGGCGAGGAGCACUCGCCCCUGGAGCGGGACAGCUUGAUGCCUUCAGAUGAGGCCAGUGAGAGCUCACGCCAAGCCUGGACAGGAUCUUCGCAGCGAAGCUCCCGGCACCUGGAGGAGGACUAUGCAGAUGCCUACCAGGACCUGUACCAGCCUCACCGCCAACACACCUCAGGGCUGCCUAGUGCUAACGGGCAUGACCCCCAAGACCGGCUCCUAGCCCAGGACUCGGAGCACAACCACAAUGACCGGAACUGGCAGCGUAACCGGCCCUGGCCCAAGGAUAGUUACUGACAGCCUCCUGCUGCCCUGUGCGGGCAGACACAGGCGCAGCUGACUGGGGCAUCCCCUCCAGGCAGGUUGGUGUUAGACUGGCAUUAGGCUGGCACUAGUCUCAGCCCCGACAACCUCUGCCCAGGCCCAGCUCCAGGGUUGCCUGGGGUCCUAGGGUUCUGGGAGAAGCAGGGGAUCUCCUCAUCUCCUGGGCACAGUGACUUCCCUAGGCUCCCAAUCCAGGUACUAGCUGUGUGUUCUGCACCCCUGGCACCUUCCUCUCCUCCUGCACAAGAAGCUGCCCCAGUGGGCAGUGCCCUCAGGCCAGGAUCCCCUUAGCAGGGACCUUCCCACCAGACUCAGGGAAGGAUGCCCCCUCAAAGUGACAAGAGGGUAAGGAUGUGGGCAGUAUGGCAUGAGGAAGAAACCAGAUCCCUGACCAGGCACAAAUCCUAACAGUCAAGGGACUCGGGUCAGGCUUUGGGGUCUGAGGACCUCCACUCACCUCACUGCCAUACAUUAGAAAUGAGACAAUCAGAGCCCAUCCGGGUGGGACUCCCAUCAAUCAGCUGGGGCGGGGCAUCCAAGUACAGGACUGGAGCAACAAGCAGGUUAGGCCAAGGUGAAAGACCUCACAGCUGAAGCUCCUGGAGGGAAGGCUCUCCUCACUCUGCCAGGAAGCUUAACAUCUGACAGGACUGGGGCCAGGAGCAUGGUCAAGCCAGAGGGAGGGCAGGAGUCAACCUGGACUCGGGGUUUGGGAAGAGAGGGCAUGUGUAGCACAGAAAGUAUGGAACAGCUUUGGGGGGCCUCCUCACCCCCCUCAUUCUUUUGCCCUUGCAUCUCAUCUCUCUUCUUCUUGCCCCUCAUGUCUCCUGGGGGAUACGAGCCCCAAACUUUAUUCCCUAAUUCAUAGCUGCUGCUUGUUAAGUUAGGGUUAGAUGGGGAGAGAUAGGACACAGUGGACAGACCCCAGAGGCCUGUCUACCUGGCUACCCUCACCUUAUGGCUCUAGCGUAUGACCUACAGAGCAUGUUCCAUGAGACCCCGCCCCCACUGCACUGCCAUCUCUAAUAAAACACCAUGCACAGUC